AUGUCUGCAGCCCCACUCCCCAUCGAGCUCCGCCUACGCGCACUCGAAGCACGCGUACUCGGUGUGCCCCGCUCGCAGCUCGCAAGACUCAACUUGCAGGACGACGACGGCGACGAGUCGGACGCCGACGUCCAGCUUCUCAAGCUCAAGCGCUCGUCCAAGACUGCUCCGUCUCCCAAAGAGGACGAGCCACAGGCAACAAUUGCGCGUCGCGUCGCGGCCCUCGAGGCGCGCAUGACAGAGGUGGGCGACGCCAACUCUGCGUUGCGCCAGUUCUGUGACAACUACGACCGCUACGCACCCCUCCUGGCGCUUCCGACCGACCCCUCGAGUGAGAAGGACAAGGAUGGGAACGUAAAAGAGCCGACGGCCGAGGUGGUCCACGCGCGCGACCUGCUCCCAGAAGCGCAGCAGGCGGCCAUGGUCCUGGAGGCGCGUGCGGACAUUAUCGACGCAGAGAGGGGGUUGAGGGAGAUUGACGUGCUGGCCAAGCGCGGUGUGGCCGGUGCAGAGGGUCUGGAAGACAUUGUCGAGCUGAAGCCUGCGCUGCAUGCUGGCGCCGAGCGCGUCUCGACUCGCAGCAAGAACCUCGGCGAGGCCCGCGCACAGGCUGCGACACUUGUCGAACGGUAUACCGAGUUUACGACAACCGUGUCGGACAUGUUCCUCGCGCUGCACGAACAGCUUGCGGCAAUGGAGGAGGCCGUCACGCGCGCUGAACGUGCCAAGCGUGCAGACAUUGCCCAGCGGUUCUAA